GUAUGUGAGACAUCUGUUUUUGAUGGUUGCUGGUUGGGGUUGUUAUUGUACAUGUAGGCUUAUAAGGAAUGGCAAAGAGCACAUUCAAGGAAGAGCAUGACCUAGAGAAAAGAAGUGUAGAGGCUGCUCGGAUUAGAGAGAAAUAUCCAGAUAGGAUUCCGGUGAUUGUUGAGAACGGUGAGAAGAGUGAUAUACCAACCAUCGACAAGAAAAAAUACCUAGUCCCAGCUGAUCUGACAGUGGGGCAGUUCGUGUAUGUCAUUCGCAAAAGAAUCAAACUGAGUGCAGAAAAGGCUAUCUUUAUCUUUGUCGACAAUGUUCUUCCUCCAACAGGUGCGUUAAUGUCUGCUGUGUAUGAAGAGAAAAAGGAUGAUGAUGGUUUCCUCUAUGUCACUUACAGUGGAGAGAACACAUUUGGAUCUCCAUAGAGAUCUCUUGCUGGAUACUUCGUUUCUAUUUUUCCUAUUUCGCCUGAGUAUUUCAUUUCUUAUUUAUUAGUUAUCUAAGCAAAGCAGCCUAUGUACUACUUCUCUAAGAACUUUAAGAUGGCCGUUCAUGUGUACAGAGAACAUAAAAAUAAUGUAUAUAUAAUCUCAAAACCUACUUGAUUAUGUUUU